UUGUGCUCUUGAACAAAUCAAGUGAUGGCGGGUAAGAAAGUGAAUGAAGAUUUGUUAAAUGAGAGGGCUAAGUGUAACUUUGAUGUGGAAGAAUUGACCAACUUGUUAGACGAUGGAGUUGAGCAUACUAAAAGGAGAAGAACUUUAGAACAAAACAUUUUAAGCAUAGAAGGUUUACAAGAUGAUAUACCAGAGGAAUACUUGAGCCACAAGGAGAAAUAUGAGAACGGUUUACGAAAAACAUUGUUGAUGUGCAAAGCUCUCCAAACGUAUGAUAAAGAGAGCGCCGGCAGAUCUUUCCAGGAGAACAUUCGGCUAAAUUUCCGGAACUCAUUAUGGUCUGCCGUUACAAAGGAUACGUCUCCCCUACUGCUUCACUUGGAAAUGUUCAUGAUAGCUAUUCUUGAGCAGGGGAAUGAAGAGCAAAGGGAGUAUUGGAGUAAGAAGGCUACUAACUUUGAGAUCAUCGGAACGUAUGCCCAGACUGAACUUGGCCAUGGUACUUUUAUACGGGGCUUGGAAACACAAGCAACGUACGAUGUGGGUACAGAGGAAUUCGUUCUUCACAGUCCAACUAUCACUGCUUAUAAAUGGUGGCCUGGCGGAAUGGGGCAUACUGCAAACUACUGUGUUGUUAUGGCACAGCUUUACAUUAAAGGCAAGAAUUAUGGUAUUCAGCCAUUCAUGGUGCAGAUAAGAGACGAAGAAACCCACAUGCCUCUGCCAGGUGUCAAAGUGGGCGAGAUUGGACCUAAACUGGGUUUUAAUACAGUAAACAAUGGAUUCCUCGGUUUUGACAAUGUCCGGAUACCUAGGGAUAGGAUGUUGAUGAAGAACGCCCAAGUUUUAAAGGAUGGCACAUACAAAGCUUCUCCAAACAGCAAAUUGGCGUACGGUGCAAUGGUAUACGUUCGCGUGGUGAUCAUCAACAGCGCGUGUAAAUACCUAGCGCGCGCGACGACCAUUGCUGUGCGGUAUUCCGCCAUCAGACGGCAAUCGCAGCUGAAGCCUAAUGCGCCCGAGCCUCAAAUUAUUGACUAUGUGACACAACAGCACAAGCUCUUGAUAGCAAUAUCCACGAGCCACGCUUACCACUUCACCGCCCGGUGGCUGUGGGAUCUGUACACGAAGACAAACCAAGAGCUCAGACGAGGUGAAUUUAAGAAUUUACCCGAGCUUCAUAUCCUAGCAUGUUCGAUGAAGGUUCUCAGUUCUGCAGACUGUACGGCGCUGAUAGAAAAGUGCCGUUUGGCUUGCGGAGGCCAUGGCUACUUGAUGUCAUCAAGUCUUCCCAUCCUGUAUGGAGUGAGCACCGCGACGGUUACAUAUGAAGGGGAAAACACAGUUCUGCUUCUACAGGUUGCUAGGUCAUUAGUAAAAACUUGGGAUCAGAUCUUGAAAGGUCACAUUUCAGUAAGUCCGUCUAUGGUGUACCUCGGUAAUAGAACACCGUUGCCAAAAUGGGAUAGUUCUUUACAAGGAAUUCUCGAAAGUUUCAAAAGAGUAGCUAAAGGAAAAGUAUCAGCAAGCGUAUCCAGCAUUGACCAAUACAGAAAAUCUGGAUUAUCUCCUGAAGACGCUUGGAACAAGGCUUCAGUACAACUUAUAUCAGCGGCCGAGGCACAUGCAAGGAUCAUCGUUCUCUCCGUUUACAAGGCAGAAAUAGAAAGAAGAGCAUCGACUCUCUCAUCUCCGUUGGCGACUGUUUUGCUGGAGCUUCUAGAGCUGUAUUAUAUUUAUUGGGCUUUGGAGAAGACUGGAGACUUAUUAUUAUACACAAAGCUAUCUGAGAAGGACGUUAGAGAUUUGCAACAUCGUUACGAAGAUAUUUUGGAGAAGAUACGUCCGAAUGCAGUUGGCUUAGUUGACGCAUUCGACUUCCGGGAUGAGAUCUUAAGUUCAACCUUGGGGGCUUACGAUGGUCGUGCAUACGAGAGGCUUAUGGAGGAAGCCUUGAAGAGCCCUCUUAAUAAAGAGCCAGUGAACCAGUCCUUUGAGAAAUAUCUAAAACCCUUUAUGCGAGGAAAAUUGUAAAAGGUAUUAUUUAUAUGACCAUAUUUAUAAAGAA